AUGUCCACCCCGGUCGAGGAGCAACCUGCUCCCAAAUAUUCCGACGAGAAAAGAAAAGAAAAAUCCCACGAUGCCUCCCCAGACUCCGACGAUGGCACGUAUAUCUAUGAUGGCGCCGCGGACCCCGACGGUAACCGUCUCAGGGUCGAUACGACCUACCAUGAACCCCACAGAGCAUCUGUAAAUACACCCUCGGCUGCGCGGGAACAAGCCAUGCGUCUCGAAGACGACCUGGCUCUACUCGAGGCGGAGCGGGUAGCUUCCCGCUCAACCCAUGACGAUACCGAAAAGGGAAGCAAGCCAGAAUCCAUCUCUGGAUCACGUUCGCACCGCUCUCAGAAUGUUGAUGAGUUCGACGAAGCCACGAAUCCGUUGCACGAGAAAGCCGCCGUCUAUAAUCCGCCGGCGAACCCCAACACCAAAGUCGCCAAAUUCAUCAAGAAGCUACAUGAAUCGAGCUUCGUCGUCCGUUAUAUCACUUACAUUGUCCCGCUUGUCCUCAUUCUUCUCAUCCCCUUACUUGUCGGAGCGUUGGCCUUUCCGAAAGCGAACGUGGGAGGUGUCACGCUGCUCUGGUUCUCAGUCUGGCUGGAGAUUGUCUGGCUGACCCUUUGGGCUGGUAGAAUCGCGGCUAAAUUCAUUCCCAUUCCCGUGGCAUUAUUGGCCAGCAUCUUCACCAACAAUGCAAAGAAAUGGCGCGACUUAGCCAAGCAGCUGGAGCUGCACGCGACCCUGUUCCUCUGGUGGUUGGGGGUGGAAAUCUCGUUCCUGCCCACCAUGAAAAAUCAUCACAUCGAUGGGGACCAGAGGACACGCAGCUGGGAAAACACCGUCAACAAGAUCAUCAUCUCCAUCUUCGUCUGGACCGUCCUGAACCUCAUCGAAAAGAUCAUCAUCCAGUUGAUUGCGAUCAGCUUCCACCUGCGUACCUAUGCCGACCGGAUUGAGAUCAACAAAUUCCAGAUUGGCAGUCUCACCAAAUUGUAUGACUUUUCGAGGACAAAGAUAACCGCCAAUGAUGACGAGUUUGAAGAGAAGAAUGACGGCGGCGGCAACGGUGCCAAGACGCCAUUGCACUAUUCUCUACAGUAUGCCGGAAAGGCACAGCGCAUCGCCAAGGGUGCCCUGAACAAAGUCACCGACGUCGCCGUCGCCGUCGCUGCGGAUUUUACCGGCCGCAAAGCCACCAGCAGCAGUCACCCCUAUUCGGUUGUGCUGACUCUGCUGCGUACGACUUCCGGCUGCCAGGUUCUGGCCCGGCGGUUGUACCGGACUUUUGUGCGGGAUGGGUUCGAAACGGUUUUCUCCGGUGACCUCAAGGAGGCCUUUGAUAACAAUGACGAGGCCGACGCGGCCUUUACCAUGUUCGACAAGGAUAUGAAUGGCGACAUCUCAAUGGAGGAAUUGGAGGCAGUCUGCGUGGAGAUUGGACGGGAACGCAAAUCGAUCACGGCCUCGUUGAAGGAUCUAGACUCGGUCGUGUCACGACUUGACAAUGUCCUCGAAUUUUUCGUAAUUGUCAUUGCCCUGAUCGUCUUUCUGUCUCUGAUCUCCACAUCGACUGCCGGCGUUCUCACCUCGGCAGGCUCCAGUGUCCUGGCUUUGUCCUGGCUGUUCUCCGCCACCGCGCAGGAGUUCCUCCAGUCGGUCGUUUUCGUGUUUGUGAAGCACCCGUUCGACGUGGGAGACCGUGUCACAAUCUACGGCAAUGCAGGUGAUGCCGGUCUUGGUGACGAUUACUUCGUCAAGCAGAUCUCCCUCCUGUAUACCGAGUUCAAGAAGAUGCAGGGUCACGUUGUCCAAGCACCCAACAGUUACCUCAACGGCCUCUUCAUUCUGAACCAGCGUCGUUCCGGCGCUCUCGCCGAAGCCGUCCCCAUCGUGAUCAAAUACGGCACCACGCUCGAACAGAUCGACGCCCUGCGCCAACGGCUGCUGGAGUUCGUCCGCAGCGAGAAGCGCGAGUUCCAGACCAACAUCCUGACGGAGAUGCGCCAGGUGACGGAAAACUUCUCCGUGACGCUCAACGUCGUCUUCUUCUACAAGUCCAACUGGCAGAAUGAAGGCCUGCGUCUGCAACGCCGCAACAAGUUCAUCUGCAUGCUCAUGAUCGCCCUGCAGGAGAUCGGCAUCGAGGGACCACGCAUGAACCUCCAGGGCGCCAGCGUCGACUUCCCCGUCCAUGUGCGCUACAACCCAAACAACCAGCAAUUCGUGCCUCCGGGCACCAGCGACGGCCGACCCCCCGCCACCUCCCUCAGCGAGAAAGAGUACCCGGACCACCCAGCCGCCGGCAUGACCAUGCGUCACCCCUCCAUUCUCCGCAAAGGCAUGAACACCGCCGCUGCGCGCGCCCGCGGCGACUCCGUCUCACGCAAACACGUUGACUUCUCUCUCGGCAUGCGCGACGUCUCCGCUAUGGACGUGAUGGGCGACGUCUUCGAAGACCGCGGUCGGCACAUCGACGAGAUCGUCCGCCUGACCAACCGCGAGAACGCUGAGCGCCGCAUCCUCGAAGAGAAAGAGGAAGAGGAAGAAGAGGAGGCCGAGCGCAGGAGCCGCGCCUCCUCCUCCAAGGCCCGCACCUCCGCCACCAGCCUCGGCGUCCCCCGCGCCUCCGCCGAAGGCCGCCGCUCCACCGACUCCCACGGCACACACAGCAUCUCGUCGUCCCUGGGCCGCAACCGCUUCUUCCGCCACCGCGCCAGCUUCGCCAGCCACGAACAGGAGGACAUGAUGGAGCAGGGCCGGUCUGACAUCGGCCCGGCGCUGUCGCAGAUCCGCACCGUCUCCCCUUCCGCCCACUCGACGGACGCCCGGAGCAUCAACCGCGACAUCCGUCAUUAA